AUGGCUGCCAAAAUUGUCAUGCUCCUGUCCACACAGCUCCUGUCCACGCAGCUCCUGUCCACACAGCUCCUGUCCACACAGCUCCUGUCCACGCAGCUCCUGUCCACACAGCUCCUGUCCACACAGCUCCUGUCCACACUGCUCCUGUCCACACAGCUCCUGUCCACACAGCUCCUGUCCACACAGCUCCUGUCCACGCAGCUCCUGUCCACACAGCUCCUGUCCACACAGCUCCUGUCCACACAGCUCCUGUCCACACAGCUCCUGUCCACACAGCUCCUGUCCACACAGCUCCUGUCCACACAGCUCCUGUCCACACAGCUCCUGUCCACACAGCUCCUGUCCACACAGCUCCUGUCCACACAGCUCCUGUCCACACAGCUCCUGUCCACACAGCUCCUGUCCACACUGCUCCUGUCCACACAGCUCCUGUCCACACAGCUCCUGUCCACGCAGCUCCUGUCCACACUGCUGAUCAGGCUGGUGCUGCUGAUGCUGGUCCUGCUCAUCAUCAGGCCCUGGCUCCUCUUCCACUGGCUCCCAGAGAUCACCAUCGCUGACGCAGAUGUUGUGCAGGAUGGCGCAACAGGCAGUCACCUCGACUGCAAAGAUCGUGCCCGUGCAUGGUGCCGGUUGAAGCGGGCUUCCACUGGGCUCCGAACAGGCUCUCUGUAUGGAGGGAGGAGUGUGAUGGGCUGA